AUGAGGUAUGGGAAUAAGAAUGCUGCAGGGAAUCAGAUCGAAGUCCAGCUAGCACAGUGGCUGUUCCAUAACAGGUCUUUUGAUGUGAAUCUUCAGGCUGCGCUUCAUGUUUCCCAGAUUGUUGCUCGGCAGAUGAUUGCACAGGGGGUGCCAGGUGCUAUCGUAAAUGUCUCUAGCCAGGCAUCUCAGCGUGCUCUGCGGGAUCAUGCUGUUUACUGUUCCACAAAAAGUGCUUUGGAUAUGCUGAGCAAGGUAAUGGCAAUGGAACUGGGACCCCACAAGAUUAGGGUGAAUACUGUGAACCCCACAGUGGUUAUGACCGACAUGGGGAGAAUUAACUGGAGUGACCCUCAGAAAUCUGCUGCCAUGAUUAAUCGGAUUCCGCUGGGAAAGUUUGCAGAGGUGGACGAUGUGGUGAACAGCAUUCUCUUCCUGCUGAGUGAUAAGAGUGCUAUGACAACUGGCAGCUCACUGAUGGUUGAUGGGGGAUUUCUUGUCUCCUAAGAUGACACCUGCCAUUUCACACAUGGCCUUAAUUUUCAUACUAGUACUGCAUAGAUGUAAACUGGAUAGAAAAAAAAUGACACAGACCCAGUCUUGCUGGAGAAGGGAGCAGCAGGGCUGGAACCUGUAUGAGAAGCGAGGCAGAAAAUUUACCUUUAGAAGGCUGCUAUAUAAUAAAGCUCACAUACGCCGUCAUGGAGAAUGUUUAUUG